AUGACAUAUCUUGCCCUAUCCUAUCAGACUAUGCAGUAUCACAUCACAUUAAACUACAUCACAACACAUCACAUCAAAACAAACCACAUCCCAUCACAUGACAUUACAUCCCAACUAGCUCACAUGAAACAUCGAAACUUACAAUUGCUUCAUUGUAUUUGUUGUUUUAAUAAUGUGUGCGCGGAGCAUAUAAACAAUGGAAUUAGCUGCUGUUCGUUGAGUCGAAACAAAGCCCAACAUGAACUCACCAAUGAGUUGCUGAUGGCACGGAAAGAAGCACAUGAUGUAUUAUCAGGUGCUCUCUUCCCUGCAGAAAUCCACCAAAUGACAUGA